AUGAAGCAAGAGGGUACAACGGAAUCAUCAUUGCCGGCCGGUCAUGGUGAUACAGUCGGCCAGCCUAGCGCCAAAGUCGGCGCGACCACAGAUGAGGCCACUCAGCCACCCCACCACGAUGGGUACACCGUGUCAACUUCGGGAUCAAGCGCCAACGAGAGCGUCAAGGUGAUAGGCUGGGAGGGCGAUGACGACCCAGAAAACCCUAAGAACUUCCCCUUCAAGAGACGAUGGUUCAUCACCUCGGUCAUCAGUCUCUACGGUAUCCUAUCGCCAAUGUCUUCGUCCAUGAUUGCGCCUUGCAUUCCUGCUAUAAGCAAUGACCUUCAUGUGACGCAGCCCUUCCAGCAGAACAUGAUGGUGUCCGUCUUCCUCCUCGGCUACGUCAUUGGUCCUUUCCUUCUUGGUCCUCUCUCUGAGAUAUACGGUCGGAGGCCGCUGCUCAUGCUGGCCAAUUUCAUCUUUGUCGUCUUCACCGUGGGGUGCGCACGAUCGACUACCUUUGGCGAGUUGGUGGCGUUCCGGCUCCUCUCCGGUCUUGGUGGCUCAGGGCCCAUCACGAUAGGCGGCGGAAUUCUCGGCGAUCUUUGGCGUGCCGAGGAGCGCGGCAGGGCUUCAGCCUUGUACGCAUUGGGCCCUCUUCUUGGUCCAUCUAUAGGGCCUAUAAUUGGCGGCUGGAUCAUCCAGAAGGGCGUCUCAUGGCGCUGGAUCUUUUACAUUCUCAUCAUUGUCGGUGCCUCGGCGGGUACGGCCGGCGCGAUUCUUUUGCCCGAGACCUUCGCACCCGUACUGAUCCAGCGCAAGAUCCGACGUCUGCGCGAUGAGCAAAGCGAAGCACACGGCACCGAAGAAAAGGAGCAAGAGUCUCACCAUGCUACAGUUCUCCGGAGCCGGUACGACCGUGACGAGACGUUCCGACAGCUACUUUUUCGUAGCUUGGUGCGCCCUUUCAUCCUUUUGUUCACGCAGCCCAUUGUCAUGGUCAUCACAGCCUACCAGGCUAUCUUGCUCGGUACCUACUACAUUCUCAUCGUUUCGUACGUCGACGUCUUCCGAAAAACGUACAACGAAGAUGUCGGCAUCGCCUCGCUCAACUACCUCGCCCUUGCCUUGGGGAGCUUAAUGGGUCGGCAAGGUGGCACUUUCAUCAUGGACAAGCUGUAUCGGCGGCUGAAAGCACGCAACAAUGGCGAGGGCACGCCCGAGAUGCGGAUCAUCUUGCUCUCGGCCGCCUGCCUAUCUAUUCCAUCGGGCAUGAUCAUCUUUGGCUGGGCCGUGCAGUACCGGGUGCACUGGUUUGUGGCGGACCUCGGAGCCUUUUUCUUCACGAUGGGCAUGGUCAACGUCGUCUUUGUGGUGCAAACCUACACAAUCGACGUCUACACACUCUACGCGGCCUCGGCAUUGGCCGCCUCAAAUUCAGUGCGGUCAAUGUUUGCCUUUGGUUUCCCACUCUUUUCCACGGCAAUGUUCGAUGCCCUCGGCUAUGGGUGGGGGUGCACCUUACUGGGUCUCUUGGCUCUCAUUGUAGGCGGACCAGGCGCAUUGGUGCUUUACUUCUUUGGACCUCGGCUUAGGGCACGGUCGACGUAUGCGACGGGAGAAUAGAUUUACUGUACUGUACAAUAUCAUCAAUGGACACCACCAUCUGUCGAU